CACUAAAAAAUGUCUGAGAACGCAGAUGCGGAGCAUUUCAAUGAAGAUGAGCUGGUGGCGCCAAGUUGGUUAAACACCGAGUUUAUAGAAGGGGUCUUGAGAUCGUAUGAAAAGGCCCCAGAACUAAAAGUGACUGACCUGAGGAUCACCCCAGCGAGUGCUCAAGGCGAUCACUAUGCCAGCGUAAUGUUUCGGACUACGGCGGAGUAUACCACCUCUAAGGGAAAGUUCACCAAGCCCCUGAUACUAAAGACUAUGCCCGAUCAGGAGGGGCACAAGAAGGACAUGCUGAGUAACUCGCAUUUGUUUUCCACGGAAAUCGGGAUGUAUUCCAAGGUGCUUCCGGAGUUUGAGAGGAUUCUCAGAGAAGCGGGCGAUCGCACCAAGUUGUACGUGCCUUGUGUGUACCACAGCUUGGAGCCACGUCAGGUACUAAUAUUCGAGGAUCUAGUGCCUCAGGGAUAUGCCGUCAUUCGGGACCGUCCGGUGACCCCAGAAGAACAAAAAGCCGUAUACACCAAGUUGGCCAAGUUUCAUGCUGUAAGCAUGAAGGUUAUUAAUGAGCAACCGGAUUUUCUAAGAGACUUCCAAUACGGCUUGAUCGAGAUGCCCACCAUGAUGAACGACCCUAUGGUGACCACAGGCAUGGAAAACUUUGUUGAAAUGCUGUCUGUUGAACCUGAGCUUACAAAAUACAAGACGUUCUUCAGUAAAAUCCAGGAUUCCUACCUGUCCCGGAUGGCUGAAGUGAUGCAGGAGUUUCGUAAGAAUCGGCGGCCCGAUGGUCACUACGUUCUAAGUCAUGGAGAUUUCCACCUCCGGAAUAUGAUGUUCAAGAGCAAUACAAGCUCGGGGGCAUUCGAGGAUGUCAUGUUUGUGGACUUCCAGAUCUCCAACCUAUGUCCGUCAUCAGUCGACCUCAUAUACUCAAUCUACAUGCUGCUGGAGCCCGAACAGCGUUGUGAACUUGGAAAGGAUGUGAUAAACUAUUACUUCUCCGUUUUGGUCGAUACCUUGAAGAAAAUUGGAUAUAAAGGGCAGUUUCCUACUCAGGACGGUCUAUGGCAGGGAAUUCAUCGCCACAAAUACUAUGACUUUUUCCUAAUGAGCACUUUUAUGCCAAUGAUCCUGGCGAUCAAAUCAAAUACUUUUAAGAUAGCCGACCUAAUCCAGAACACCGAUAUUAGAAAGAAAGUGUAUUUGUUAGACGGUUAUCAGGAAGAAAUCAAGAAGCUGUUACCGAAAUUCGAGGAGCUGGGUUACUUCAACGAUUUUUAG